ACGUUAAUGGAGCUGUGUUGUUGCACACUCGUAAACAUUUUCAAAUCACCAUCUUUCUCAACCGUAGUUGAUUUCAUCUCGUAAAGUGAGAGAGAGGAGGUGAUUGAAUCUCCCCCCUCUACCACACCGAUCGUCGUUUUUUAUUGCAUUUUUGGCCGGCGAGAUCUCUGAUCGGGAAGUAAGUUAUACUAAUGGGGAUGGAAAGUCCUAAUCUUCCAAAUCAUUCAUUUAGGCCCUCUUCUGCAGCAUCGCCUUAUUUAUUUUCUGCUCCUGUGGCUGGAUCGGAAGCAUCAGUCUUUAGGCCUGCACCUCAAGCUCCCUCUCAGUUUCCAACACCUCCGCAUUCCUCUGGACCUGUGGUUGGAUCACAGGGUCCAGCAUUUAGACCUCCCCCACCAGGCAGACCCAAUGGACUAGUUAGGCCUACUCCACCACCAGUUUCAUCAUCAUAUGCUCCACCGGUUACAGGAUUUCGAAAUCCCCAAAUGCACUCAACCGAUCCAGCAGUAUUACACACAGGUCGGCCUGUUGUACCUCUUGGUCCUCCUCCAACAGGAACCCCUGCAGGUCCGACGACAUUAGCUCCUGUCCCUAUUCUAUCACAGCCUCAGCCACCUUCAAUACCUAUCAGAUUUCCUGAUAGCACCAAAACUGAACAAAUCAACACAAAUGGUCAUCCCUCUCAACCAUUUUCAUUAUCCAGGCCUAAUGUCCAACCUUCCUCUGCACCGAUGGGGCCAUCAUAUGCCACUGGCAGGGAUGCCUAUCGUCCAUCAUUUCCAGGGGAGGCUAAUGGGCAACGAAACUCUGUGUCGCAAAAUCCACCUAUGAACCCUCCAUCCUUUUCCUUACAGCAGGGAGGCUAUGGUCCACCAGCGGCUGCAUCUCCCUUUCUUGCUCAACAAAGGAGUUAUGGUCCACCAGUAACAUCUAUAGGUUAUCCAGGGACCCAAAUGCAGCAUCACGCCAUCGCUCCUCCUACUGCUAAUGCACAGGGCUUGGCUGAAGAUUUCAGUUCACUCUCUCUUGGAUCUGCACCAGGAUCAUUUGAUACAGGUCUUGAUGCUGAAGCGUUACCAAGGCCAUUGGAUGGUGAUGUUGAACUUAAAUCUUUUGCAGAGAUGUACCCUAUGAAUUGUAGUUCUACAUUUCUAAGACUGACAACAAGUGGCAUACCAAAUUCUCAGUCCUUGGCAUCAAGGUGGCAUUUGUCUCUUGGGGUCGUUGUUUGUCCUCUGGCAGAAGCUCCUGCUGGGGAGGAAGUUCCAGUAGUUAAUUUCGCCACCACAGGCAUCAUUCGCUGCAAGAGGUGUCGCACUUACGUAAACCCCUACGUGUCCUUUACGGACAAUGGAAGAAAGUGGAAGUGCAAUAUGUGCUUUUUACUCAACGAUGUUCAAAGUGAUUACUUUGCACACUUGGAUGCUAGUGGAAGAAGAGUUGACCUGGAUCAACGGCCUGAGCUUUUGAAGGGUAGUAUUGAGUUAAUAGCUCCAGCAGAAUAUAUGGUCCGCCCUCCAAUGCCACCACUAUUUUUGUUCCUCAUCGAUGUAUCGGUAUCAGCUGCUAAAAGUGGAGUGCUUGAGGUUGUGGCACAGACUAUUAAGUCGAGUUUGGAUAACUUGCCUGGUUAUCCUCGAACACAGAUUGGCUUCAUAACUUACAAUAGUACAGUACAUUUCUAUAAUAUGAAGUCAUCUUUAAUGCAGCCUCAGAUGAUGGUCAUUUCUGAUUUGGAUGAUGUGUUUGUCCCACUACCAGAUGAUCUUCUGGUCAACCUAUCAGAAUCCAGAAAUGUGGUGGAAGCAUUUCUUGAUAGUUUGCCCUCAAUGUUCCAGGACAACAUGAAUGUAGAAUCAGCAUUUGGUCCAGCUCUUAAAGCUGCAUUCACGGUUAUGAGUAAACUUGGAGGUAAAGUGUUGGUUUUCCAGAGUACAUUGCCAUCACUGGGUAUAGGCCGGUUGCGGUUGCGGGGAGAUGAUAUUCGAGUUUAUGGGACGGAUAAAGAGCAUUUAUUGCGAGCACCUGAGGAUCCUUUUUAUAAACAGAUGGCUGCUGAUUUUACAAAAUUUCAGAUAUCUGUGAACAUAUAUGCUUUUAGUGACAAGUACACAGAUAUAGCAUCGUUAGGAACACUGGCAAAAUAUUCUGGUGGUCAAGUGUACUAUUAUCCAAGUUUCCAAUCGAGUACUCAUAAAUAUAAGUUGGCACAUGAAUUGACUAGAGAUCUUACUAGGGAGACUGCUUGGGAGGCGGUGAUGCGGAUAAGAUGUUCCAAAGGAGUGCGCUUUACAUCCUAUCAUGGAAACUUCAUGCUAAGAUCUACAGACUUACUAGCACUUCCUGCUGUUGAUUGUGAUAAAGCUUAUGCAGCACAGUUAUCUCUUGAUGAGACUCUAUUAACCACACAGACAGUGUAUAUCCAAGUGGCUCUGUUAUACACAUCCUCGUCUGGAGAAAGGCGUAUCAGGGUACAUACCGCGGCAGCUCCAGUUGUUACAGAUCUAGGAGAAAUGUAUCGCCUGGCUGACAUAGGGGCAAUUGUUUCUUUGUUUUCAAGGCUAGCAAUUGAGAAAUCUUUGUCCUAUAAGCUGGAAGAUGCUCGAAAUGCUGUUCAAAGUAGGAUUGUCAAAGCCCUCAGAGAAUACAGAAAUCUCUAUGCUGUCCAGCAUCGUUUGAGUGGAAGGAUGAUUUACCCUGAAUCACUGAAAUUCUUACCGUUAUAUGGAUUAGCAUUAUGUAAAUCUACACCGCUACGUGGUGGAUAUGGUGAUGUGCAACUGGAUGAACGCUAUGCGGCAGGUUUUACCAUGUUGGCUUUACCUGUUAAAAAGUUGCUGAAACUUCUCUAUCCAAACCUGGUUCGUGUGGAUGAUCUUCUUGUAAAAUCUUCUCCUCAAACCGAUGAAUCUGGCGUCAACAAGAUGAGGGUACCUCUUGCCGUGAAGAGCUUAGAUGCCAGAGGUCUUUAUAUCUUUGAUGAUGGCUUCCGAUUUGUUAUAUGGUUUGGUGGAUCUAUUUCACCUGAUAUUGGUAGAAAGUUGCUCGGGGAAGACUUUAGUGGCGACUAUUCAAAGGUUAGCCUUUCUCAACGAGACAAUGAUAUGUCAAUAAAACUAUGGAAGAUGCUUCACAAAUUUAGGGAGAGCGACCCAUCAUAUUUUCAGCUAUGUCAUCUUGUGAGACAAAAUGAACAACCAAGAGAAGGUUUUUUCCUACUCAUGAAUCUAGUGGAUGAUCAGAAUGCUGGGGGAAGUAGUUACGCCAAUUGGAUUAUGCAGCUACACCGACAAGUGCAACAAAAUGCAUAAAUGAUAGGCAUUCAGUAUUCUGUUUAUGCUUGCAUUUUUGGAGCAAGUAUGCCUUCUUUUGUCAUCCAGUUGAGAAAGCUUUACAGAAUGUUGUAUUUCAAGUGCAAGGGGACUCGAUGAAAUACUUUUGAGGUGGUGCCGGAACUCACCUAUCACAUGAUUGUAGGUGACAGGUUAGAGAAUCAAUUUUAUCACAGAUCUUCUAUUCGAAGAUCAUGACACAUUCUUUUUUAUUUUGAAGUUCUGAUUCACCAGGAGAUCUUCUAUUCUAAAUUAUGACAUUCUUUCUGGUUUCGAUACCAGAGUGGUUUUAGAUAGUAGUAUUUCGUUCUUUCAAUUGAAUUAGACUGUCACAAAAUAUUAAAGAAAUGCAAUAAUUUUUGCAUGUUGUUGCUUGGCUGCAA